CUGUGAGUGUGGGACACCAAAGAAGUGAAUGGACCUUGUUGCUGCUGGUCUUGCUGCUUCACCGCACUCUUAGCUGCUCUUGCUCUUUCUCUCUCUGUACAUUUCACAAUUCAUUCUCUGCUUUGAGUUCUGUCUACCAUUUGAGUUGAUAGAGAGACGGAGAGAAAAGGCAAAACAUGGAAACCAACUCAGUUUCCAAGUUGUGCUUGUUCCUGGGCUUGGUUUGCUUCUUGGGGUUUCAGCUUGUCCAAUGUACUGUCACCUAUGAUAGGAGGGCCAUUGUGAUAAAUGGGCAAAGAAGAAUCCUCAUUUCUGGUUCAAUACAUUAUCCCAGAAGCACUCCUGAGAUGUGGGAAGAUCUGAUACAGAAGGCAAAAGAUGGAGGCCUUGAUGUGGUUGAAACCUAUGUAUUCUGGAAUGUGCAUGAGCCUUCUCCCGGCAAUUACAAUUUUGAAGGGAGGUACGAUCUGGUGAGAUUCCUCAAGACCAUACAGAAAGCAGGGCUCUAUGCUCACCUUCGCAUUGGGCCUUAUGUUUGUGCUGAAUGGAAUUUUGGGGGGUUUCCCGUUUGGUUGAAGUAUGUUCCGGGCAUCAGCUUCAGAACGGACAAUGAGCCUUUCAAGAGGGCAAUGCAAGGGUUCACCGAAAAGAUUGUGGGACUGAUGAAGAGUGAAAAAUUGUUUGAAUCCCAGGGUGGCCCCAUCAUCCUCUCUCAGAUUGAGAAUGAGUACGGAGCACAGAGUAAGUUAUUUGGAGCGGCUGGCCAUAAUUACAUGACUUGGGCGGCAAAUAUGGCUGUUGGGUUGGGAACUGGGGUGCCGUGGGUGAUGUGCAAGGAAGAAGAUGCUCCAGAUCCAGUGAUAAACACAUGUAACGGUUUCUACUGUGAUUCUUUCGCUCCCAACAAACCCUACAAGCCUACGAUUUGGACAGAGGCUUGGAGUGGCUGGUUUUCGGAGUUUGGCGGUCCAAUUCACCAACGACCAGUUCAGGAUUUAGCAUAUGCAGUUGCUAGAUUCAUACAGAAAGGAGGAUCAUUUGUUAAUUAUUACAUGUAUCACGGGGGUACUAAUUUUGGACGCACAGCGGGCGGCCCUUUCAUCACUACCAGCUAUGACUAUGACGCUCCAUUAGACGAAUAUGGUUUAAUCAGGCAACCAAAGUACGGUCAUCUAAAGGAGCUUCAUAGGGCUAUUAAGAUGUGCGAACGUGCUUUAGUUUCAGCCGAUCCUAUCAUCACUUCACUGGGGAAUUUUCAACAGGCUCAUGUAUACACUUCAGAAUCAGGGGAUUGUGCAGCAUUUCUUUCAAACCACGAUUCCAAGUCAGCUGCAAGAGUGAUGUUUAAUAACAUGCACUACAACCUGCCUCCUUGGUCCAUCAGUAUCCUUCCUGAUUGCAGAAAUGUAGUCUUUAACACUGCAAAGGUUGGAGUUCAAACAUCACAAAUGGAAAUGUUACCAACAAAUAUUCAGAAGCUAUCAUGGGAGAGUUAUGAUGAAGAUAUUAAUUCUCUGGAUGACAGCUCAACAAUCACCGCUCCUGGUCUCUUGGAACAGAUAAAUGUCACGAGGGAUAGUACUGAUUACCUGUGGUACAUAACGAGCAUUGAUAUUGGCUCAUCUGAGUCCUUCCUGCGUGGAGGGGAACUCCCGACCCUUAUUGUUCAAUCAACAGGCCAUGCUGUGCACAUCUUCAUUAAUGGACAACUUUCAGGUUCUUCCUUCGGAACAAGGCAGAGUAGGAGGUUCACAUAUACUGGCAAGGUCAAUCUACAUGCAGGAACAAACAGAAUCGCACUGCUGAGUGUUGCUGUUGGAUUACCAAAUGUGGGGGGCCACUUUGAGGCAUGGAAUACUGGAAUCCUUGGCCCAGUUGCACUUCAUGGACUAGACCAAGGAAAAUGGGACUUGUCAUGGCAGAAGUGGACCUACCAGGUUGGAUUGAAAGGAGAAGCCAUGAAUCUUGUAUCUCCAAAUGCUAUUUCCUCUGUUGAUUGGAUGCGAGGAUCAUUAGCUGCACAAAAACAGCAGCCAUUGACUUGGCACAAGACUCUUUUCAAUGCACCCGAAGGGGAUGAGCCAUUGGCUUUGGACAUGGAAGGAAUGGGAAAGGGCCAAAUAUGGAUCAAUGGGCAGAGUAUUGGGAGAUACUGGACUGCAUUUGCUAAUGGUAAUUGCAAUGGUUGCAGUUAUGCUGGAGGGUUUAGGCCUCCAAAGUGUCAAAUGGGUUGUGGCCAACCCACACAACGAGUGUACCAUGUGCCUCGGUCUUGGUUAAAACCAAUGCAAAAUUUGUUGGUAAUUUUUGAGGAACUUGGAGGGGAUCCCUCAAGAAUUUCUCUAGUAAAGAGAUCGGUGAGCAGUGUUUGUGCUGAGGUCGCUGAAUACCACCCAACAAUAAAGAAUUGGCACAUCGAAAGCUAUGGAAAAGCUGAAGACUUCCACAGCCCCAAGGUGCAUUUACGGUGUAACCCAGGCCAGGCUAUCUCUUCCAUUAAAUUUGCUAGCUUCGGCACGCCCUUGGGAACCUGUGGGAGCUACCAAGAAGGAACUUGCCAUGCCGCCACGUCAUAUUCUGUAUUACAGAAGAAGUGCAUAGGGAAGCAGAGAUGUGCAGUCACCAUAUCCAACAGCAACUUCGGAGAUCCAUGUCCGAAAGUGUUGAAGCGGCUGUCAGUUGAAGCUGUUUGUGCUCCCAUAGCUUCAACGACCGGGGAACCCAAUUUGAGGGGUUAGUGAAAGUGUGAAAUAACAUACCAUAAUUGUUGCACCUAAUCCCAUAAUUAUACACCACAGCAAGAGAGGCAAGCAAAGAAGAAUAAGAGUUCAAGUACAGCGAGAUAGAAAUGUAGUUAGGUGGAGUGCCAUAGUUUUUUUCUUUCUGAUGAAGAGUAGUAGUAGCUAUGUUUGGAGCCAAAAGGCAAUUAGCUGUUAAUUUAAGUGAGCUUAAUGAAGUUGUGUAAAGUAGUGAACUUGUUGCUUAGGUGAGUUGGUAGGAAACCUGGGGUCCUACAAUUUGGUCCCUAGGGGUCAAGCCCCGGUCCCCGGCCUUUUAACGGGAUAUAUGGGCACUGGGAAGUGAUGUGUUUUUCUGUUGAAUGAUUUACUGUUCAUCUGUUGUUGGGGAAAAAGGAUGCCCCAGAACUAAUUAAGUAUUUAAGGUUCAUGUUGGGAAUGGAUCCUAGCAUGACCAUUUGUUUACUGUGCAGUUCAUGAAUGAAAAGAAAAGUGAGAGAUUUGUGUUGUCCA